AUGUCGGCCGACUGUGAGAUCGGACUAUGGACGGACCGGAAACCCAGUGACAACACUCGAUCCAACAGGAGUGAAUCCCUCAGGCUAUCCGGUGCAUGGACAUCCUGUGGCAGUGUGAUCCGGUUGUGGAGACGACAGCAGAUCGAGCCUGUGGACAGACAGACAGGAGGCGUGACAUGUGGAACAUCAGGCGCUCACCAUGAGAAGCAGUGCAUGAUCAACACCAGCCUCAGCAAGGAGAUCUUGUCACAGCUGUUGAAGGAGGAGGACCAAGUCCUUACCACUGCUCCAUCAUUGCUGUCGUCAACCUCCCUCUCCUCAUGGUGUACCAGUUGGGAAUGGUGCGCUGUCCAACGGUUUCCUGCUGCUCCACCGACAACGCCACGCCAGCCAGGAUAUCUGCAUGCCCCAGCAGUUACAGUAUUUUUGAACGUACUGGUGAUCAUCUCCAUCUCUCACUUCAAGCAGCUCCACACUACAACCAACCUGCUCAUCCUCUCUCUGGCUGUGUCAGAUCUCCUGGUGGGACUGAUUGUGAUACCAGUAACGACUGUAGCAUUAAUGGAAUCAUGCUGGGGAUUUGGGAAAUAUUUCUGUGUGUUUCAGAUCUACAUUACUUUCUUAUGUAGUUCUUUAUCUCUGGGUAAUUUGGUCUUGAUAUCUAUUGACCGCUAUGUUGCUGUGUGUGAUCCCUUAUUGUACCACUCUAAAAUAACAACAACAAGAAUGAUGUGUUGUAUAUUCAUUACCUGGUGUUGUUGUAUCAUAUACCGAGCUGCUAUUAUAAAUAACUUUGUAAAUGUACAUGUACCAAGUAGGUGUUUGAAAGAAUGUUUUAUUGUUGAAGGAAUAACCUGGGGUAAUAUAAUUGACCUUCUAUUUACAAUGGUUGUCCCGUGCUCUAUUAUUAUAACACUUUAUAUGAAAAUCUUUGUGGUGGCCAGAUCACAGGCCAGAAAGGUAUUUUCAAAAGAGGCUGCCAGUGUGUCUGGUGUUAAAACUGGACAGGCAAAUAAGUCUGAGAGAAAAGCAGCAAAAACUCUAGCUAUUGUUGUUUUCAACUAUUUCAUUUGUUGGAUUCCAUUUUUAUUUUCUUUCUUUUUGUAUUUUUUAAUUGACAGUUUAUUUUCAGUUAUGAUCAUCGGCUUUCUACCACUAGUUAAUUCUUUUAUCAAUCCAAUAAUUUAUGCUUUCUUUUAUCCAUGGUUCAAAGUGACAGCUAAACGUAUUUUAACUCUGAACUUUUAAAUUGCAUUUAAAAAAAAAAUGUAUUCUUUAUUUAACUAGUCGGUUAAGAACAAAUUCUUAUUUACAUUGUCGGCCUAACUUAAGGCAUAAAUAGUUUUUAUUCCUACGUUUGACAAACAUGUGUUUUGAUAUAGUUAUGCAAUACAAUUGUUGUAAUUGCUUCUUUCAUGUAACAAAACACUGACAUUACUUAUCUCAGUAUUGUCAUCAUAUGGUAGAUGCGUGUGGUGGUGAUUUGUCUGAAUUGGUUUGGAAUGACUUGGAAAAAGUAUAAGAAAGCAUAAGCUUGUUUUAUCAAAUACGUUGUAGUCAUUUUGGGUUGUAUAUUCCAAAUACCGAAGUCUGUGGUUGUUCCAUGUUAUUUAAUAAUAAAUAGUAUGUAAGUAUUCUAAAAGUA